AUGGAACCCAGUGAACUGAAGUUUCCGCCGCCAAACUUUUCUAACCUCGCAACAGAUUAUGCUCAAGGAAUAUGUCACUCAACCACAUAUGGAAUAACAAGCAAUUCAAUCAAAUCCUCUGUUGACGGCCGAAGAGUGCAUGACCUUGCCAGCUCAAGAUGCAAAAGUUCGUGUUUUGGAUCGCCAAACUUCCUUUGUCUGUCCACGGGGCAUGACCUGUGCCUUUCAAAGGUUUAUGUUGCUGCAGACUACUCAGAUUCUAUACCUGAUUCUUCUAAUUACAUGAAUGAACAAGGUUAUCAUCCUCUUGAAGAGCUGAAAAUUUCCAAUGAUGUUCAGCCAGCUAGACUCUCUCAUGCUGAAACAGCAAGAACAACUGUAGAGGGUAAUAAAAAUGCUUUGCUAGUAUUUCCUGGAAAUGUACACUGUGAACCACAUGAACAGAUUUCAUGGGCUGAGUUUCAAUAUCUUAUUGAUGAUUAUGGAGAUAUAUAUUUUGAAAUCUUUGAUGAUGCAAACCUUUUGGAAGAUCGUGAAGCAAAUAAUCCUGUGAAUGCUUUGAUUGGAAUGGACAUCCCAAUAUAUGAUAAUAGAAGAACCAUUAGUGAAUAUGACAUUUUCAAUAAUGGCAACAAUGAUGAAUUCCCAUUUGAUGAUGAUGAUAUUGAGGUUCCAGAAAUAGAGGAGGUUAAUAUUCCAGUGAAUUGGGGACUGUCAGAUACUACAAGCUCAGUUCAUCCAAUUUAUUUUUCAAAGUGCUUAACAAAGGCUGCCAACAUGGAGUGUGUUAAAAGAAUGAACCAUCCUUCCAAUGGUGUUUGUAUUCUAGGGUACCUUAGACCUGCUUAUGCUGAUGAAGAGUCAUAUCUAAGAAUGCUGUAUCACACUGAAGAUGGUGAUGGAUACAGGUCAGACUGGAAAGAUUUUUACUCAAAUAGUAUCAAUGAUGAAAGAGACACUAGUUUGACACUCUAUCGAUUGGAGAUCCUGAAAAUUAAACUACACUCCAUGUAUGGAUAUCAGUCCGAUGUUAGUUUGCUGGAGUUUCAAGAUGCUGAACCUGAUAUUCUCGUACACUCCACUUCGGCAAUUUUGGAGCGUUUCAACCGGAACUGUAACGAUGCUUUUAAAGCUCUUUGCAAAAAGAAAGGUCUUGACGUGGCGGGAGCUUACUUGAUUGGGGUUGACUGCCUAGGCAUGGAUGUUAGAAUUCUUUCAGGUGCAGAAGUAAAAACCCACCGCUUUCCAUUCAAAGUCCAGGCCAACUCAGUAAAUGCGGCUGAAAAACAGAUUUUGCAACUUUUGUUUCCCCGAUCUCAGCGAAAAAAGUAUAUGAAGUCGUGGCAGAGGGCUUAAAAUCCAGUGAGUUGAGUUGAGUGUCCCUUGGUGAUUGGUCGUUAUUUUUUUUACGGUCCUUUUCAAACUGGCCGUAGAGCCUGAUCUGGAGUAAUUGAUGUUUUCUUGUAUAAAAUAGUUCUAUAAUCUGUACAUUUAGUUAUGGGUAAGUCCUACACAGCAUUCUUUGGCACACUCAAGUUUAGGAAAAGAGAAGGUAAAGGGCAUUGCCACUCUACCGAGUAUUGGUGGCUGCAAAUU